AUGUCUAUUCUAAACGCAGCCAAAUCACUCGUAGGAAUUGAGGAGCAAAGAACACUCACCGUGCAAUCUUCACAAACACGUAUCGGUAUCCCGGUUUCGCGCAAUGUGUGGUGGAAAGCUGAGAUACUGCGUGAGAAUUUCCUCCAAUCAGCCUACUCCCUGGUAGAGCAGGACGAGAGCGCUGAAGAUGAUUUCGCUCAAUUGGAGCUUCUUAGCAAGUUUUUGAAAUUCGUUGCUACAAGCCAACUUGAUGAGCAAUCCCUCUACGUUCUCCAGGCUUCUCUCGUCCAUUUCCACCAAGUCCACCUCUCACAUGUCGACGUACACAACUUAACCGCAAAGCUUGACGCUGAAUUACGCAAGCUCGUCUUAUCCGCUUUCUUCAAGUCGAGAGCCGCGUUGGAAGCUGCGGGCUUAGAAACUCCUCAAUCCCCACCAUCAGCUCUGAUCCAGCAAUCUAUUCAAGGAAAUGCUAACGUCUACGCUCUCUUUGGUGGCCAGGGCGCUAACGAAGUCUACUUUGAUGAGUUACAGAACCUUUUCGAUAUAUAUCAGCCAUACGUUGAAGACUUCUUGACCGAAUCAUCAAAAACUCUGAUCGAUUUGGCUAAGAAUGCAUCAAAUAACGGUUCCGUCUACUACAGUCAAUCCAUCGAUCCUGUUGGCUGGCUCAAAAACUCGUCUUCCCGCCCCUCAGUAGCUUACUUAGCAUCUAUUCCACUUUCACUUCCACUCAUCGGUCUAACUCAACUUGUACAAUACCUCGCAUUCGCCUCUGCUUGCUCUCUUACCCCUGCUCAACUAAGAGAAAACAUUCACGGUGCAACAGGUCAUUCUCAAGGUGUAAUCUCCGCCGUUGUUGCCGCUGCUUCUGAUUCUUAUCAAGAUUUCACUUUAAAUGCAGUUAAAGCUCUCAAACUUCUUUUCUACAUUGGUUUGCGUGGUCAAGAGACUUUCCCAACCCUUUCAAUUGAACCUGCUCUCGUUGAGGAUUCUAUUGAAGGCGGUGAAGGCGAACCAACUCCUAUGCUUUCUGUUUCUGGUUUAUCUUUAUCUGUUUUGGAGUCAUUCGUCAAUAAGACCAACGCUCAUUUGGCUGAUUCUUCAAAGAUCGAUAUCAGACUUUUGAAUGGCCCAAAGAACUUUAUUGUCACUGGUCCUCCUCGUAGUCUCUACGGUUUAGUCACUAAUCUUCGCAAAGUCAGAGCCCCAACUGGCUUGGAUCAAUCAAAGGUUCCUUACUCAAAGAGAAAAGCCGUUUUCAAUGCUAGAUUUUUGGUCGUCGGUGUCCCUUACCAUUCUCCUUAUCUCGCCGAUGCCAUUCCAAAAGUUUUCGACGAGGAUUUGGCAAAGGAAGAACUGUGGUCUCCUUCAGAUUUGAAAUUGGCCGUAUACCACACCGAAACUGGUCAAGAUUUACGUGAAUUGUCUAGCGGCUUAACGAAAUCACUUCUCAUCCAAAUCUUCACUCAACCAAUAUACUGGACAAAGGCAACCAAUUUCCCUGAAUCUGCCACUCACGCAAUCGACUUUGGUCCAGGUGGUAUGUCUGGUAUUGGUCCACUCACUCAACGUAACUGGGAAGGUCGCGGUAUUAGAGUUCUUAUUCCAGGCGCCAACGGUAAGCUUGGCUCAGAAAUCUACGGCUCUUCUCUCAUCAAGGAGGAGAAGUGGAGUGAAAAGUUCCAACCCGCUCUCGUCAAGACUAAGGAUGGAAAGAUUCACCUAGACACUCCAUUCUCAAGAAUGCUCGGUAAGCCUCCACUCAUGGUUGCUGGUAUGACUCCAUGCACUGUCAAGGGUGGCUUCGUUUCUUCGGUCCUCAACGCUGGCUACCACAUCGAGUUGGCUGGUGGUGGUCACUAUAAUGCAAAGAUGCUUCGCGCGAAGGUGGAAGAAAUCCAGCAAAACAUUCAACCUGGUAACGGUAUCACUUUAAACGCGCUUUACAUCAAUCAACGUCAAUUCACCUUCCAAUUACCGCUUUGGCAACAGAUGCGUCAAGAGGGUCUUCCUAUCGAAGGUUUCUGUGUUGCUGCUGGUAUUCCAUCUUCAGAGAAGGCUACCGAGAUGAUCAAUUCCCUUAAGGAGUCUGGCAUUAAGCAUGUUUCCUUCAAACCAGGUUCAGUUGAAGGUAUUCGCCAAGUCGUCAACAUUGCUGCCGCAAACCCAUCUUUCCCAAUCAUUAUGCAAUGGACAGGUGGUCGUGCUGGUGGCCACCACUCAUGCGAAGAUGUUCAUCAACCAAUCAUUCAGACAUACGCCUCUAUCAGACAGCACUCAAAUAUCUCGCUCGUUGCUGGAUCUGGAUUUGGUGCAGCUGAUGACUUCUGGCCUUACUUGACAGGUGACUGGUCGUUGGAAUUCGGUCUUCAACCAAUGCCAUUCGACGGGUCCCUUUUCGCUUCACGCGUCAUGGUAGCCAAGGAGGCUCACACCUCUGAGUCUGUCAAGCAACUUAUCGUUGAUGCACCUGGUGUUGAUGACAAGGACUGGGAGCAGACUUACGAUAAGGUGACUGGUGGUAUCUUGACUGUUCGUUCCGAGUUGGGUGAGCCAAUUCAUAAGAUCGCUACUCGUGGUGUUAAACUGUGGAGAGAGUUCGACGAUACCGUCUUCAACCUUCCUCGCGAGAAGCGUGGUCCCUGGUUAGAAGGAAAGCGCGACUACGUCAUCGGCAGACUCAACAAGGACUUCCAGAAGCCAUGGUUUGGCGAAAAGGCAGACGGUGUUGUUGUGUCUGACAUUGGCGACAUGACAUACGAGGAAGUAACUAGACGUAUGGUCAAACUUCUCUACGUUGCCCACCAGUCCCGUUGGAUUGACGUAUCUCUCCGCAACCUCGUCGGUGAUUGGUUGAGACGUGUCGAAGAGCGUUUCUCUGCUGUUGAUGGUACUGAUAAGAUCUCCAUCUUGCAGAACUACUCUUCCCUCAACUCCCCAAGUGAUUUCAUUAACAAUUUCUUCACUGAAUACACUGGCGCUACUGAGCAACUCCUUGCCGCUGAGGAUAAGGCAUACUUCCUUAAUAUUACUCAACGCCCUGGACAAAAGCCAGUUCCGUUUAUCCCUGUUCUUGACAACUCAUUCGAAGUCUGGUUUAAGAAGGAUUCGUUGUGGCAAGCUGAGGAUAUGGAUGCAGUCGUCGAUCAAGACCCACAACGUGUCUGUAUUCUUCAAGGACCUGUUGCUGCCAAACACUCUACUAAGGUUAACGAACCAAUUAAGGAAUUGCUCGGUAAAAUCGAGGAGCAACUCGUCAAGAAGCUUCUUGACCGCCGCUACAAUGGCGAUGCUUCUAAGGUCCCUGAAGUCGACUAUAUCGGCGCUCAGCUUGCCAUUACGUCAGCCAGCCAAGCUGGUCUCAUUGAAUCCCACAAGAUCAUCUCAACGACUGAACAAGAUAAGCAAAUCUACCAGAUCUCUGACAGUCUUCCAUCAGCCGGUGAAUGGCUGGAGAAUCUCGCUGGUCGUCAAACUGGAUGGUUCAGAGCGUUGCUUACCUCUCCAAUCCUCGUCCAAGGCAAGGGUUACGCUACCAACCCAAUGAAGAAGUUGUUAGCUCCUCGUGUUGGCCAGAAAGUUGUUAUUGCCAUGAAGAAUGGUGAGCCUGCCGGUGCUGAGCUGUAUGGUGGCAUUCGUUCAGCUGGUGAUUCGGAUCCAAACUUCCAAGCUAUCAAGAUCUCUUACGACGAGUCCAUUAAGCGUAUUACUCUCGUUCUCUCCGAAGAGCGUCGUGGCGAGAGCGUACCGCUUACCUUCAUAUACGACUACAAGCCAGCAAUAGGGUACGCACCAAUCCACGAAGUCAUGGAGGGUCGCAACCAGCGUAUCAAGGAAUUCUAUUGGAAACUCUGGGAGCUCGGCACACCAACUGAACUCAACGUUCGCGACACUUUCACUGGCCCACCUUUCACCAUCGAUACUGCCACCGUAGAGAAGUUCUGCGCUAUCAUCGGCAACGACGGCGAGGCAUUCAAGUCGAACAGAUCGGAUGAAGUUCAAGCACCAAUGGAUUUCGCUAUCGUUACAGGCUGGCAAGCUAUCAUGAAGUCCAUCUUCCCUAAGGAGAUCGACGGUGAUUUACUCAAGCUUGUCCACUUGUCAAACGGAUUCAAGAUGGUUGAUGGUGCACGUCCUAUCGCUGUCGGUGAUGUUUGCUCGGCGGAGUGCAAGAUCGUCUCCAUUGUCAACUCGGACUCCGGCAAGACUGUCGUGGUUAAGGGACACGUCGUCAGAGAUGGGAAUCCAGCCAUUGAGGUCUCAUCUUCAUUCCUCUAUCGCGGUAAAUUUGAUGACUACGAAAAUACCUUUGAGAUUACAGAUGAUGCUCAAUACAGAGUUACUCUUAAGAGCGACUCUGAUGUUGCCCUUCUCAGAUCUAAGGAGUGGUUCCAAUGGGAAGACGAGAGAAUACCUCUUACUGUCGGUACCACAUUGAUCUUUGAUACUCAGUCUGAGAUUCAUCACGGAAACGCCACCUCAUACAAAUCUUUGAGCGUCAGCGGCCGUGCCAAUAUUCGCAACCAGCUCAAGGAACUCGUUCCUGUGGGUUCUAUUGGAUUGGAAACUGGUAUGACUAAGGGUAACCCAGUCAAUGAAUACCUUAGACGCAACGGCGAGGUCAUUAAUGGCAGAACACUAUUCGAAAAUGAUGGCUACUCAAUCACUAAGUCUGCAAACCCAUCAUUGUACGUCUCGCCAUUCUCCAACGAGUCAUACUCGAAAAUCUCUGGUGAUUACAAUCCAAUCCACAUCAACCCGUACUUCGCGGAUCUCGGCAACUUGCCUGGAACCAUCGCUCAUGGUAUGUACGGCUCAGCAGCCACUCGUAAGUACGUCGAGACAGUUGCUGCCGACAAUGUUCCAUCGCGUGUGCUGUCUUACCAAGUCACUUUUGUCGGCAUGGUUCUUCCUGGAGACACCUUAGAAGUGAAACUCCGUCACAUCGGUAUGGAUGCCGGUUCGAAACUUAUUUCCGUCGAAACUUUCAACCAAGAUGGUGAGAAGGUGAUAAGUGGACAAGCGCUUGUUGCACAACCUACAACGACAUAUGUCUUCACCGGUCAGGGUUCACAGGAACAGGGUAUGGGUAUGGCACUCUAUGAGUCCUCAGCCGCUGCUCGCAACGUGUGGGACGCAGCUGAUGACCACUUGGGUGAGGUGUACGGUUUCUCCAUUAUCGACAUUGUCAAGAACAACCCUAAGGCGAAAACGAUCCACUUUGGUGGAUUGAAGGGACAAGCCAUCCGUCAACGCUACAUGGAUCUUCGUUACGAUACUACUGAUAAGGAUGGUAAUGUGAAAACACUCCCACUCUUCCCAGACAUCACCGUUCGCACCAGUGACUACACUUUCCAAGCACCAAAUGGUUUGUUAUUUGCCACUCAAUUCGCUCAAAUCGCUUUGGUCGUCACUGAGAAGGCAGCAUUUGAAGAUAUGCGUUCUAAGGGAUUGAUUCAAGCCAACUGUGCAUUUGCUGGUCACUCUCUUGGUGAAUAUGCUUCUUUGGCUUCGAUAGCAGACGUCUUGCCAAUCUCUUCGCUUACUGAUGUCGUUUUCUACCGUGGUCUGACCAUGCAACGUGCUGUCGAACGCGAUGCUCAUGGUCGUUCGCAAUUUAGGAUGAUGGCUGUUAAUCCAUCUCGUAUUGGCAAGACCUUUGAUGAGACUAUCUUGAGGGAGAUCGUUGACUCCGUUUCUAGACGCACGCAGUUGCUCCUUCAGAUCGUCAACUACAAUGUUGAUGGUCAACAAUACGUUUGUGCUGGUCAUCUCCAAGCUCUCGAGACUUUGACCAACACUCUCAACUUCAUGAAGGUUAACAAGAUCGACAUCGCAUCUCUUCUCAAGCAGCUCUCAGUUGAGCAAGUCAAGGCGCACUUGGACGAAAUUAUUGACGAAUGCUUCGGUAAAUCCAAGGCUAAGGCUGAGUCUGAAGGCGGCUUCCUCACACUCGAGCGUGGAUUCGCCACCAUACCACUCCCUGGUAUCGAUGUUCCGUUCCACUCCCGCUACUUGUGGGCAGGUGUUAUGCCUUUCCGUACAUACUUGUCGAAGAAGAUCGACGCCAAAGAUCUCAACCCUGACAUGCUCAUUGGCAAGUACAUUCCAAACUUGGUUGCCAAGCCUUUCGAGAUCUCUAAGCCAUACAUUGAGAUGAUCCACAACCAGACCAGCUCCCCACGUCUUGAGAAGGUUCUCAGCGGCUGGGAUGCAGAUAAGUGGGCAGCUACCGAAAACAGACAAGUGUUGGCCUACACUGUUCUUGUUGAGUUGUUGGCCUAUCAAUUCGCCUCUCCAGUCAGAUGGAUUGAGACUCAAGACCUCUUCUUCACUCACUACAACUUCGAGCGUUUAGUUGAGGUCGGUCCAUCACCUACUCUUUCCGGUAUGGCCAACCGCACUCAAAGACUCAAGUAUGAGAGUCUCGACACUGCACAAGCCAUUCAGCGCGCAAUCUUCUGUCACGCCAAGAAUCAAAAGGAGAUUUACUACGAGAUGGAGGAUGAAGAAGAGGAAGCGCCUGCUGCUGCUCCUGCUGAGGAGUCUGCUCCUGCUCAAGCUGCUCCUUCUGCGCCUGCUGCUGCUCCUGCCGCAGCAGCUCCAGCUCCAGCUGCUGGCGGUGGUGCACCUGCGGAAAUUCCUGACGAACCUCUCAAGGCCACCGACAUACUGCGUAUCAUCAUCGCCCAGAAGCUCAAGAAGACUGUCGGUGAAAUCACACUCAGCAAGUCUAUUAAGGACCUGGUCGGCGGUAAAUCAACUCUCCAAAAUGAAAUUCUUGGUGACCUUCAAACUGAGUUUGGUAAUGCUCCAGAGAAGGGUGAAGAACUCCCAUUGGACGAGCUGGGAAGCGCCCUCAACGUUGGUUACUCAGGCUCACUUGGAAAGUUCACCACCGGUUUAGUAUCGCGUAUGGUCGGCAGCAAGAUGCCCGGUGGAUUCAACCUCUCGUCUGUCAAGACUCACUUGUCGAAGAGUUGGGGUCUUGGUCCACAACGUCAAGAGGCUGUACUCUUAUUUGGUAUUACCAUGGAGCCUGCCAAACGUCUUGGCUCAGAGCCUGAAGCCAAGCAGUGGGCUGACUCUGUCGCGCAAGCGUACGCCAGUCAAGCUGGAAUCACCCUCUCUACUGCAAGUGCUGGUGGUGGUGGCGGUGGCGCAACUGCUGGUGUCACUAUCUCAAGCGAGGAGCUUGACAAGUUCCGUGCCGAGCAAAACGACUUCGCUGCCCACCAGAUCGAUGCUUACAUGCGCUACCUCAACCGCGAUCCACGUGCAGGUCAUCGCCUUCAUGAACAAGAGAAGCAGAAUGGCACAGAGUUGCAAGACCGCCUUGACGCUAUCUCAAGAGAGCAUGGCGAUGCUUACAUAAACGGCGUCAUGCCUUCCUUCGAGCCACUCAAAGCUCGUACUUUCGAUUCGUCUUGGAAUUGGGCUCGUCAGGAUGCUCUGGCGAUGUUCUACGAUAUCAUCUUUGGUCGUCUUACCGCUGUUGAUCGCGAUAUCACUUCUCGCUGUCUCAACAUUAUCUCUCGCGCGGACCCUACUCUCGUCGAUUACAUGAGCUACUACCUCAACAACGUCAACAUCGAGCUCGGUCCAACGUACAAGCUUGCCAAAGAGCUCGGUAACCAGCUCCUAGAGAACUGUCGUGAGGCUGUGCAACUGGGCGAGGGUCCAAAGUACAAAGAUGUAACAUUCCCUACCGCCCCUCACACUGAGAUUUCUGGAAGUGGUGACAUCAAGUACUCUGAGAUCAACAGAGAGGAUGUGCGUAAGCUUGAGCACUACGUCAAGGAGAUGGCUGCCGGUGGCAAGAUUUCAACACAAAACAUUAACCUCGACAAGGUUCAAACAGAUGUUGAGAAGCUGUACGAGCUUGUCAAGUCUCAGCCACAGAUCUCUGAAGCUCACAAGACAUCCAUCAAGUCACUUUACGAUGAGGUUCUUCGCUCUCUUGGUCGCCCAGAGAAGCACACGGCUGUGCCACGCACUCGUCGUUCUUCUUCUCAAUUCUUGCGUCCGGACGUUUCUGAGAACGCUACUGUUAACGACGACAAGAUUCCGUUCCUUCACCUUAAGCGUAAGGUUGGAACGAACUGGUCUUACAGUACCAAGUUGACUGAGAUCUAUCUCGACAUCCUCACUGAAAUCGCUACCUCUGGCACUACAUUCAAGGAUAAGAACGCUCUUCUCACUGGUGUCAGUAAAGGAUCUAUCGGUGUCGAGAUUGUCAAGGGAUUGAUUGCCGGUGGUGCACGUGUUGUCAUUACCACAUCCCGUUACAGCCGCGCCACCGUUGAGUACUACCAAGCAGUCUACCACGAAUGCGGUUCGCGUGGCUCUUCUCUUACGGUUGUUCCAUUCAACCAAGGCUCCAAGCAAGAUGUGGAGCAGCUUGUUGAGUACAUUUACUCAACUCUUGGUAUGGAUCUCGACUACGUUCUUCCAUUCGCUGCUCUUCCAGAGAACGGUCGUGAGAUUGACGGUCUCGAUGAGAAGUCUGAACUUGCCCACAGGAUCAUGUUGGUCAACGUUCUUCGCCUGCUUGGUGCUGUGAAGGCUAAGAAGGCUGCUCGUAACUUUGUCACCCGUCCAACUCAAGUCGUUCUUCCACUCUCACCAAACCACGGUCUUUUCGGUAACGAUGGUCUCUACUCGGAGUCAAAGAUCUCCCUUGAGACACUCUUCAACCGCUGGAGCUCAGAGAGCUGGGGUGAAUACCUCUGUCUCGCCGGUGCUGUUAUUGGUUGGACUCGUGGUACUGGAUUGAUGAGUGCCACCAACAUUGUCGCUGAGGGCGUAGAAAAGCAUGGUGUCCGCACUUUCUCAUCAAAGGAAAUGGCCUUCAACAUUCUUGGAUUGAUGCACCCUCUUCUCUUCGACAUCACCCAAGUCGAGCCAAUCUGGGCCGAUCUCAACGGUGGUAUGGACAGAUUACCAGACCUUGCACAGAUUUCAUCCAAGCUGCGUACCGAUCUUCAAGCUGAUGCGGCUCGUCGUCGCGCAAUCUCUGCUGACAACGCAGCUGACUUUGCUACCGUUAACGGCGUCGAAGCUGAGGGUCUUUACAAAGAAGUCAAGGUCGCACCACGUGCUAACUUUAAGUAUGGGUUCCCAGAUAUCGCCAAGCCAAAGGCUUUGGGUGAUCUCAGCAAGCUUGAAGGUAUGAUGGACCUUGAUAAGGUGGUCGUUGUUACUGGUUUCGCUGAAGUUAGUCCAUGGGGUUCAGCUCGUACACGUUGGGAGAUGGAAGCUCGUGGUGAGUUUACCAUCGAAGGAUGUAUCGAAAUGGCCUGGAUGAUGGGCUUCAUCAAGCACUUUGACGGUCGUCUCAAGUCCGGUCAACUACACGUCGGUUGGGUUGACAGCAAAUCUGAAGAUCCAGUCGAUGACAAGGAUGUUAAGCCAAGAUACGAGAAGUCAAUUCUUGAACACUCUGGUAUUCGUUUGAUUGAACCAGAACUCUUUAGAGGAUACGAUCCAAAGAAGAAGGGCUUUAACCAGGAGAUUGAGUUGAACCACGAUUUGGAAGCUAUCGAGGUGUCUGACGCUGACGCUGAACAAUUCAAACGUGAACACGGCGAUAAGGUUGAUAUCUGGCAAUCAGAGUCAGGUGAAUGGGCAGCGAAGCUCAAGCGUGGUGCACGUGUUCUCGUACCAAAGUCAUUCCGCUUUAACCGUCUUGUCGCUGGUCAACUUCCUUCUGGAUGGGAUGCCGGUCGUUACGGUAUUCCAGGUGAUAUUGCAGCUCAAACGGAUCGUACUGCACUUUGGUCACUGGCGUCAGUAUCAGAAGCGCUGAUUAAUUCUGGUAUCACUGAUCCAUACGAACUGUACAAGCACGUUCAUCCAUCUGAGGUUGGUACGUCGCUCGGAUCUGGUAUGGGUGGUAUGGAAUCGCUCUCGGCUAUGUUCAAGGACCGUCGCGAGGAGAAGGACGUACAGAUGGACAUCCUUCAAGAAACUUUCAUCAACACUGUCGCAGGAUGGGUUAACCUCUUAUUGUUGUCUUCGUCAGGUCCAAUUAAGAUUCCAGUUGGUGCUUGUGCAACCGCGCUUCAGUCUAUUGAGAUUGCAUGCGACACUAUUAUCUCUGGUAAAGCCAAGGUUAUGGUGUCUGGUGGAUUUGACGAUUUCUCUGAGGAGGGAUCAUAUGAGUUUGCCAACAUGAAGGCAACCUCAAACACAGACGCGGAAUUUGCUAAUGGACGUGAGCCAAAUGAGAUGUCAAGACCAACUACAACAAGUCGUGCCGGAUUCAUGGAGGCUCAAGGUACAGGUGUACAGGUGCUUAUGUCAGCGUCAACUGCUAUUGAGAUAGGAGCACCUAUUCGUGGUAUUGUUGGAUUCACAUCGACAUCAACUGAUAAGGCUGGUCGCUCAAUUCCAGCACCGGGCAAGGGUGUUCUGAGUGUUGGUAGGGAGUUGCACACGGAGACACCAAUCCCAACACUUGAUCUCAACUACCGCUCGAGACAGAUGGCAUUCCGUCGCAAGCAGAUUUCAGAAUGGCUUGAUAACGAGCUGGAGAUAAUGUCAGAAGAGUUAGCUGCUGUAGAGAAGAAUGGCGAAAAGGUAGAUGAAGCAACGAUGCAAACCAAGGUGUCGUUCUUAGAAGAGGAGGCAGAGCGUCAAGAAAAGCAGGCAUUGGGAUCGUUCGGUAUGCUUGAGGGAUCAGAUUCGCGUAUUGCACCACUUCGUCGUGCACUUGCAGUGUGGGGAUUGAAGGUUGAUGAUAUCGGAUUCUGUUCAUUCCACGGUACGUCAACAAAGGCGAACGACAAGAACGAGUCGGAGACGUAUAACGCCUUAUUUGAGCAUCUCGGCAGGAGUGAAGGCAAUGCCUGUCCGGUGAUUGCUCAGAAGUGGCUCACCGGUCAUCCUAAGGGAGGUGCAGCAGCGUGGAUGUUUAAUGGAGCGAUGCAAGCAAUCAACGAUGCGAUUAUCCCCGGUAAUCGAAACGCUGAUAACAUUUCAGCUGAGCUGCAAGCAUACAAAUAUCUCGUGUAUCUGUCCAAGUCGAUCAAGGUGGAUGCGAUCAAGUGUGGUAUUCUGACAUCGUUUGGUUUCGGUCAAGUCGGUGGAUCAUGUUUGAUCAUUCACCCAGCAUACCUCUACGCAUCACUGGGUGAUGACGCACUGGCUGCCUAUGGCAAGGUCAGAGCGGAACGUGAGCGUGAUAGUUACAAGAAGAUGAAUGCGCAUAUGAUCCACAACAACCUUGUGGAAAUUAAAGAGACGCCGCCAUUCACGCAAGAGAAUGAGAUGCCCGUUCUACUCAAUCCACUCGCACGUACUUCAGGUGACAAGCCGGGUAGUUAUUCGUUCCCAAAGAAAUUGAAUGAAAAGAUUGCAUUCAAGAAGGGUAAUGCAGGUGUGGCUAGUGAGAUGUUGAAAGGAGUUGAUGGAGUGCAAGGGGUGGGUACUGACGCGGUGCUCAUCUCUGCUGUGCCUACAAGUGAGACAUUCAUUGAGCGCAACUUCACCAACGCGGAAAAGAGUUACUGCGAAAAACAACCCGACCCGAAGGCUUCGUUCGCCGCUAGAUGGGCUGCUAAGGAAGCAGUGUUCAAAGCUCUCAACACUAAGGGUAAAGGCGCAGCGGCGGGUAUGAAGGAAAUCGAAGUCGUCGCUGGAGAUGUCGGACCAGCCGUUGUAUUGCAUGGAGAUGCUCUCGCGGCUGCCCAUCAACGUAGAGUUAAGGAAUUCAAAUUGUCUCUGUCACAUUCAGAGGAUGUUGCAAUUGCAGUUGCUUUUGCGCAGUAG